CAAAAGUCUCUAAAAAGGCAUCUUUUAGGUCUGGCCCCUCAAAACGAAGACUUGGCUCUCGAUAAAAAUCCACCAACCUUAAAAAAAAGUUCCAUUUUUCGCGAUAUCCAGCUUCAAAAUUGCUUCUUUUUGUGCUUGUUUCAAAUCAAGAUCUCUCUUUUAUGCUCCUUUUUUGCACUUUUAGUCUAAAGCCGCUUAUGUGAGGUACUUGUACGGUUGGCGGCUGGCACCUAAAUUGAUUAAGGUGGAAAAAAAACAAGAAAGUUCAGUGGUUUUUCACAGCAGAUCUGAGGCCGUUUACUGAAUUUUGAUUGGUUUCAUAGUUAUCUUCUUCGAGGGUUUGGAAAAAAUUGAAUCUUGAAGAUUUUAUCUCUGAGCUUGUGGGCUAAUUUCUUGAUAUAUUUCAAGUGUUCCGACCUUUGAGACAUAUUUUUGGAGCCUUUUUUGUUUGUUUUAUUUUUUCCGCGAGUUUUUGUUUAAAUGGGGAGUUGCUUGAGCAACCAGAUAAAGGCUGAGAGCCCUUCUUACACAGGCACAGGCUCGUCGAAAAUGGCGAGUGGGAAUGUAACAAAUUUACGUAACUUGAGCCGAAAGACAUCCUCCUCAUCGUCUGUGCCCCCAACUCCCAGAACCGAAGGCGAGAUAUUACAGUCUCCAAACGUUAAAAGCUUCAACUUUAGCGAUCUUAGGACAGCCACCAAAAACUUCCGGCCAGACAGCGUCUUAGGAGAAGGAGGCUUCGGCUCGGUUUACAAAGGUUGGCUAGACGAGAGUUCUCUGGCGGCCUCACGGCCAGGCUCGGGUAUGGUUGUGGCCGUUAAAAGGCUAAAACAGGACGGGUGGCAAGGGCACAAGGAAUGGUUGGCUGAGAUCAACUAUUUGGGGCAAAUUAGUCAUCCGAAUCUUGUCAAGUUAAUCGGUUACUGCUUGGAGGAUGACCAUAGGCUUUUGGUGUACGAGUUCAUGCCGAAGGGUAGCUUAGAAAAUCACCUAUUCAGGAGAGGAUUGUACUUUCAGCCUCUUCCAUGGAGUUUGAGAAUGAAGAUUGCUCUUGAUGCCGCAAGAGGGCUCGCCUUUCUUCAUAGUGAUGAAAUAAAAGUAAUAUACCGGGACUUCAAGACUUCUAACAUCCUUCUUGAUUCGCACUACAGCGCGAAACUAUCUGAUUUCGGGCUGGCUAGGGACGGGCCCACUGAUGAUAAGAGUCAUGUCUCGACUCGCGUCAUGGGAACUUACGGAUAUGCAGCUCCCGAGUAUCUAUCCACAGUAGUGGCGAGCAAGGGUCGAUCCCAGUGGUAUAAACAGUGA